UCGUGUAGUAGGAUUGUUUGAGCCUUCACAAAGGAAUAUUAAAUAUCAAACACCGAAAAGUAGGAAGUGGAUGACGACUGUCAAACGUGUGUGCGCAUUUUGACGGACUCACGUUUCGUAUUCGGUGUUCAGGUUCGGAGACUUGGAACACUGGUGUUCGAAUGACUUUGUUAACCUUCUGAUGUUAUUUUGUCUAAAGGAUAUUUGACAGUUUGUCUAUCAGGUCGACAUUCUUGUUGACAUUGGACUCCAACACUCUGCUGAUCAGUGGAACACUGCAUUUCAGUGUUCGGACUUUGACCAAUCAACACUUAGAAACACUAGUGUUCGAGUUGUCAAUCGGAGAUAUCAUUUUCUGCGGGUAAUAACAUAAGCGGGGUCAAAACUAGUCAGUUUUUGGCUAGGGGUAAUUGGAUAUAACUUACGUUGGACCAUAGCAUCACGGUGUUGGGACUAGAGACUUGGACGUUAGCGGAUAACUCCGCGUUUGGAGCAGAUAUGGUCGAAAAGACCAUGAUGUCCUUGUGCGAGAGGGGAGUGGACGGGGCGGCGCAGCCCGACACCAUCGAAUGUCAAGGAAGGACUAUUCAUCUCUCACCGGCCAUGCCGAUUAAGCCCGAAGAAUUCCAUAGUUUCAUACAGGACGGGCCCCAUCAAUUCACGAACUGGUUACCGUAUCUUUCGCCUUCCUUACAGACCAUGCCAAUAAACCUUGAAGACAACCCCAGCAUAUGCGCCGGGUGCUCAGGAAAGAUCGUGGACCGCUAUUACCUCCUCGCUGUGGACAAGCAGUGGCACACCCAGUGUCUCAAAUGCUCCGAAUGCGAACUGAGGCUCGACGCGGACUUGACGUGUUUUGCCAAGGAUGGGCAUAUUUACUGUAAAGAAGACUAUUAUAGGCGGUUCGCUGUCAAGACAUGUUCGCGAUGUCAUCGAGGAAUCUCUUCAAACGAACUCGUAAUGCGCGCAAAAGACUCAGUUUAUCACAUAAGUUGUUUCACAUGUGCUUCGUGUAACAAGUCCCUAACACCGGGAGAACAAUUCGGAAUGAGAGACAACAUGGUGUACUGUCGGGCACAUUACGAACUUAUCAUGCAAGGUGAUUUCAUGCCAUGUUUAUCGCCAAGUCUCAAUGGACCAGUGACUUAUUAUAACGGAGUAGGCGCCGUGCAAAAGGGGAGGCCAAGAAAACGGAAGAGCCCGGAACCGGAAACAUGUCUAGGAUUAGGUCUCCACGGACAAGAGAACCUCGACGGCGACAUGAUGGACCGGGACGGGUACGGCGGCCAAGCUCCGCGCCAGAAACGCAUGCGCACAUCAUUCAAACAUCAUCAACUUAGAACAAUGAAAUCUUACUUUGCUUUGAACCAUAAUCCGGACGCUAAGGAUCUCAAACAGUUAGCAUCGAAGACUGGCUUGACGAAAAGAGUACUGCAGGUUUGGUUCCAAAACGCCCGGGCAAAAUACCGCCGAAACUUGCUGCGCCAGGAGUCUGGAGACGGCCGCGGACUCUCAACGGACGGCGACAAAGACGGCGACGACGGGCAGACCUCACUGACUGAACUCACCAACGCUGGCUCGCCUGGGCUAUCCGAUAUCAGCUCCACCCCAUCACUCUCGGAUCUCGGAACAGCCUCCGUUGAUGGAGACAUCGGGGAUAUGGGAAGUGUGCACAAUGGCGAAAAUUCACUCACAGAUUUGUUUAGCAGUAGUAUCAACAGUAUUAAUUGAAUAACAUUUUUGACGUGCAUACCACGUGAUGUUAAACCAAUAUAUAAACUGAUGCGUUCUGUCUGGAUAGUGAUAAUCGUGGUCACUGUUGGCAGAUGAAGGGAUCGGUUGUUCCCAAUUCCGUACCUCGGAGCCUCUGGUCUCAGAGUAUCUGCAACGAAAUUUGUUGAAGUGUUUUGAAUUCAGGCUUCUUCUUUGAAGGAAGCUUGCAACUAAAUGAGACAUGCAGAAAAACAUAAGGAAGUACAGCUGAUUAAAAACUCGAGUUCGAAGAAAGUGCUGACGUCGUCUCCUCAUUUACGCUCAGUACAUGUUGUUCGGAGUUCAUCUGAUGUAGAACCUCACUGACCAUACUUCCUCAGUGGAAAUAAACUUUCAUAUACAUGUAUUUGUUCUUUCAAAAUAGUCGUUAAACCUCUCAAAUAGAAAGUGUUAACAAGGCGAUUUGUUCCUCAACGGAUUAUGUCUCGUUUUAGAGAUGCGUCUCCUGAACAUACAACCAGUCAUUGAUGUUUCUAUUUCGUACCCUUUAUCCUUGAGAAGACAAUGUUAAUGUAUUUGCAAUUCCUGGACGGUGUAUUAUCAUGGAUUGUUUUAUGAAACUGCAGCAAUGAUUUUUCUCAUCUAACUAUUUGUGUAAACUGCGACUGGUGGCGACCCGGCCUGCGUGCCGGAUAAGUUGUCUUUUCCGACACUUGCCCCGUACUUUGUUGCACUGCGUUUUCGCGACACAUCAUUGACGGGAACCUAACGGCAGAUAGGGAACCCCCCUCAUACUUCUUUAUACGCAUGCAACCCAGAGAGCACUCUACUCUGCGGGAAGUCUCGGGCAGGCUUCAUGUGAUGAUGGAAAAAAUGAAGACUCUGCACUUAUUUGAGAUUCUCUGGUUUAAGAAUCUAAUGUUAGAUAGCCGUAAUUUGCUGUUGUGGCAUCAUUUAAGUGGUUAUUGUCUCAGCGUUUUUCUAUGUGCUGUAGAUACGAUUUUGAUAACUCCAGGAGACUAUAUUUUGUGAAGUUAUCAGGCACUAGCAGAUAAUAAUUUCGGGACAUUUUUAAUGGCAAGUCUCAUUUUUUGCAUCCAAAUCAAAGUAGUCCUGGUUUAUUCUUCGUUAAAUGUUACUGUCUUGGUAAAAUUUUCUCAUGGUAUAAGUCCAACAGGCUUAAGAUAUCGCUAUGACUAAACUGUUUUGGAAUUGAGACCGAGAAUGGUCAACAUUGCACUUUAAAUCAUGUAAAUAACUAAUGAUAAAAG